AUGGCGAAAAAGAAACUGCCGACGACGAGACGGAAGCUGAGGCGGGUUGCCGUGCUGCUGUUUCUCUUCAUUGUGGCCACGAUUGUUCUGUCCUUCAGGUCCGACACCGCCGCCGAUGAUGGCGCACCGGGGCCAAACAACCCUCGCCACCCGCGCGCGGCCGCAGCGGACGAUGCAGCACUUGCUUACAUCCCACGCCGUGUUGUGGGCACGUGGGGCCGGCGGGAAUAUCUGAUUGUGCUGGGCAUCCCCUCCCCGGACAACGAAGAAAGGCGAACACGACGCAACCUGCAGCGGACGACGUGCUGGCGGUUCCCCGGAGUGGCGACGAGGGCGAACGACUUCACCGGUGCGAUGCUCGUGCUGUACGUUCUUGCGCGACACCCGUCGCACGGAUACGACUACUCGGCCGCGCUGCUGGAGGAGGCGGCGCAGUGGCAGGAUGUGGUUGCGCUGCCGAUGAACGAGGGCCGCGUGGCGACGAAUAAAACAGUUUGUGGCGAUGGCUCCUGGGGCGAUGAGACGGAAGUUGGUAUGUCACGCAAGGUGUACAUGUGGUUUGACCUUGCGCUCCGCCUUUUUAAGACCGCGAUGUACAUUGCGAAGGGCGAUGACGACAUGUUUCUCCGUGUGCCGCUGUUCGUUGCUCACCUGCGCCUUCUGCCGCGCCAAAGGAUUUACAUGGGAUACCACGUUGGUGUUGGGAGUUUCGGGAAAAGGGGUUUACCAGGUAGCACGUUUAUGGUUGGCUGGUGCUACACCUUGUCGAGGGAUGUGGCGGAGGCGUUGGUUUCGUACAAGCCGCUGCGGCGCCUGGCGUACCUGCCGUACAGCGAGGAACGCUAUGACGAGUUUGCUCUGCUUCGGUUUCAGCACGAAGACAUCAUGGUCGGGUGGGUUCUUGAGAAGGAAGUGAAGUACCGCCCGUUGGUAUACGUCAAGGUGCUGCCCUGUCAUUUCCAUGACGCCCGCAAUGAAACGGGGCACUCGCAGGUGGUGCCGACCUCGAUUUGUGUCCAUCAUGUGCGGGAGGACGACUACGCUUCACUGAUGGCGCGCUUCGGUAACGACACAUCGCCUGUUGCCCGUGUGGAACGGGCGUCCGACGACACGAUAUACCCGCUGUGCGAUUGA